AUGUCCCCGGGUCGAGAGAUAGCCGAGCCAAUCCCGGGCACUAGAGAAUUGCCAGUUAUAGCGGAUCCUUAUGCUAACCUAUAUCAUUCCGUUGAUAAAGGGGGUGUGGAGUUCCAAGGUUAUUUUGCGGAUCGAACAUUUAUCAAGGGCUUUCAAAGUCAACUGGGAUACUGGUCAAAUGAUUUGGCGUCCAACCGAAUCUCAGAUGCUGCCGUCCCGGGUCUCUUCGACACGACCAAGGGAGGAGUCCCACCAGAAGCCAAGCUGCCGUCCAAGAAUUUGGCAAUGAAGUUAGUUGAGGCAGCUCUGGACUCUCAUACUGUUUUCUCAGUCAUUCAUCGUCCGUCAUUUGAUUCAUUGUUCACUUUGGUAUAUUCUCUCGAUGAAUCCGAUUAUGGCACACCGGAACAGGGCUUUUUACCGCUUCUUUACGCAGUUAUGGCUUAUGGUAGCCUCUUCAUUGAUAUGACCAGUGAGGAUAAAGAUGGAGAAAUGCUUUCACUUGGAUCUCAAUACUACGACAAGAGCCGCCAACUUCAAGACAUUGCCGACUGCAAAGAUCUAGUCUCCUUACAGGCGAUCUUUUUCAAAAUUUUGUUUCUUCUUGUGACAUCGCGCGUAUUCACUUGUUAUACUUAUACAAGUACCGCUUUGUCUGUUGCACUGCGAAUGGGACUCCACCGCUCUUUCACCAACCCGCAAGAUCUUAUCACACGAGAAACUGGCAAGCGGGUCUUCUGGGCUUUGUAUAUUCUUGCUAGCGACGUUGCUACUACUUGCGGCUUACCAAAUCUUCUGAGCCGUGAAGUUGUUGACCAAGAAAUUCCACUUGAAAUUAACGACAUUUACAUUGAGCAACACAGAAUCAUCCGUCAACCCGAAAAUGAAGUUUGUUAUGUCGCUGCGGCAAAUUCCUAUAGACGCCUCCAUGCAAUCAUCCAAGAUGUCACCAAACAUAUAUACUCCGAAAAUCGUUUCAAUCGAGCCCAGCCAAGUGGUAGAAUGAGCUAUUCCGUCAGCAUAGAAACCUUGAAGGGGGUUGAGGACCAGUUUAAACGCUGGAGGCUGGAAUUACCUGUUCAAUUCAUGUUGGGAAAUUAUCCUGGGAAUCGUCAGCUUUUAACAACUCAGUAUACACUUGCAAUAUUAUAUGCACACUCUCAACUCUACCUCUAUCGGCUCUUUCUGCAGCAUUUCCUGAGUCCUGGCGAAAGUAUCGACCCAUCAGAGCAUCCAAACCCACCAUGGUUGGCCACAAUAUGCGUUCAAGCAUGCGAGAAUAUCAUCAUGCUAUGCGAGGACAUGUAUAGGCAAGGUCUUCUUAGCGGUGGCAACUGGCUCGUAUCUCGUGCCCUCCUGAGCUCCACCCAUACUCUAUUUUACGUCGUUUUGACAUCGAGUGGGACCCGCCCGUACCGAUCGAUUUCUAGAUGCUUGGCAUUAGGGAGGAAGGUUUCUGACCGUCUCGCCAAGCGGAAUAUUCCAGCUCACCGAUGGAAAGUAAUGAUGACGGUCAUGAUUGCCACCCUACCAAGUAGUGCUCGUCACAUUAAAGAGCGGCUUCUUGAAUUAGAAACUAAACUUCCAGAUAUUUCUGUAUUUCAAGCGGAACAGAAAGACCCGGAUGAGUCUUAUACAAAGUCCCUGGGACAACAAACAUUGAGCCCUCUGCACAGCAAUAGCUCUACCGUGGAGAAAUCACGAUGGCUUUCACCUCAUCUACUUGAAGCUCUGGGCUAUGAGUAUGCCGAAAAGGAUGGUUGUCUGUCGCCCUCAUGGAGGAUUAUCCCCCGUCCGCAGCCUGUUAUGACCGACGAGACGCAAGAGUCGUCCGAUAACACCCUGCAACUUGAUGGCAUUGAAAAUUAUUUAUUUGAUGGAAGCGGCGAGUCUGAUAAUUAUGUGGAGAACCAGGCAAUGCCUCUUGGAGCCGGUGAAUUGGACUUGGGGAAUUUAGAGGACUUCCUCGACCUCCAAAACUUGUUGUAA